AGGUCGUGAACACCAGCCAAUCGGUUCCGGAUGCGGCGUCUCCGCCCACAACACCCCUCUCUCUCUCUCGGUAGUAUGGCCGCCGUCCUGUAGCCUUUGGUGUGCUCAGACAUAAGAUUAUAGCUUUUAUACUUUAAAACAAUGUCGGCCCUGCUUUACCUGAAGAAGUCUUUGAGCAGACUGCCUCCGAGCGUCGCUCGGCAGGUGGUCGCCUGCUGUUAUCACACCGAGAAAGGUGUUUACGGUUACCGACCCAAACAGCCCGAGAGCCCGCACAAGUUACAGAGCGACCGCAUCGCAGCGCUGAACCAAGAUCAUAGUCUGGCCCGUCUGGUGGAGGCGUAUAGAGCACAUGGACACAAGGCUGCUAAAAUUAACCCCUUACUGCCCCAACAGCCUGUUAUGGACAGCAUCCCGGAGAUAAACAUGCUGACCAGCACCAUCACAGGACAACUAAACACCUCAGGUCUUCAACACUUUGGCAAGACGCAGGCUUCUGUCAAAGAAGUUCAGGCGUACCUGGAAGAAGCGUACUGCGGCCACCUGUCAGUGGAGACCAGCCAGCUGAGCAGCCUCGAGGAGAGAGAGUGGUUCGCCGACCGCUUUGAGGAACUCAAGAAGACGAGUUUCUCCACCGAGGAGAGGAGGCGGCUGGCCAAGAUCAUGCUGGAGUCUCAGGAAUUUGACCACUUUCUUGCUACAAAGUUCUCUACUGUUAAACGUUAUGGAGGAGAAGGAGCAGAGAGCAUGAUGGGCGUCUUCUACGAGCUUAUCCACCAGCUGGCUCACAGCGGCGUCACGGACAUGGUCAUCGGCAUGCCGCACAGAGGCCGACUCAACCUCCUGACAGGCCUGCUCAAGUUCCCACCAGAGCUCAUGUUCCGGAAAAUGCGCGGCCUCAGUGAGUUCCCCGACGCCUCGCCUGCCAUCGGGGACGUCCUCUCCCACCUCACCUCCUCAGUGGAGCUGGACUUCGGAGCCAAGCGGCCGAUUCACGUGACCAUGCUGCCCAACCCGUCUCACCUCGAGGCGAUCAACCCCGUUGCUCAGGGCAAAACCAGAGCCAGGCAGCAGCUCAGGCAGGAAGGAGACUAUUCAGCUGAAGAGCACGCCCAGCCAGGGGACCAAGUCGUCUGUCUGCAGGUCCAUGGUGACGGCUCUUUCCCUGGCCAGGGGAUCGUUCCAGAAACUCUGACCAUUUCAAGCCUCCCUCACUACAGAGUGGGUGGGAGCUUCCACCUCAUUGUGAACAACCAAGUGGGCUACACCACUCCAUCGGAGAGGGCGAGAUCCUCUCUGUACUGCAGUGAUGUCGGUAAGAUGGUGAACUGCGCUGUGAUCCACGUAAACGGCGAUGAUGCAGAGGAGGUGCUGCGGGCCACUCGGCUGGCUGUGGAGUACCAGCGUCUUUUCAGGAAAGACGUCAUCCUGGACCUGAUCUGCUACCGUCAGUGGGGCCACAAUGAGCUGGACGAGCCGUUCUUCACCAACCCGGCCAUGUACAAGAUCAUCCGAUCCCGUAAGAGCGUCCCUGACUCGUACUCAGACCAGCUGAUCUCCGAGGGUCUGAUGACCGACGUGGAGCGUGACGAGAUCAAAUCCAAACACUACGCCAUGCUUAAUGACAAGCUGUCCAACAUGACCCUGUACAGCCCUCCACCCACCAACCUGCAGGGCCGCUGGGGGGGUCUGGCCGAGCCGCAGGCCAAAGUCACCACCUGGGACACAGGGGUCCCCGUCCCCCUGCUGCAGUUUGUGGGAGCCAAGUCUGUGGACAUCCCCGAACAAAUCCAGAUGCACAGCCACCUCAAUAAGACCCAUGCACAGGCUCGGUUGCAGAAGUUGGAAGAAGGGACCAAACUGGACUGGUCCACAGCAGAGGCUUUGGCUUUCGGUUCUCUCCUCUCACAAGGCUUUAAUAUUCGAAUCAGCGGACAGGACGUUGGCAGAGGCACGUUCAGUCAGCGGCACGCCAUGGUGGUGUGUCAAGAAACUAGCGAGAUGCACAUCCCUCUGAACCACAUCAGCCCUCAGCAGACCGGCUUCCUGGAGGUGUGUAACAGCCCGCUGUCUGAGGAGGCCGUGCUCGGGUUUGAAUACGGUAUGAGCAUCGCACAGCCGAAGCUUCUGCCCAUCUGGGAGGCUCAGUUUGGAGAUUUCUUCAACGGAGCGCAGAUCAUCUUUGAUACCUUCCUCUCUGGAGGUGAAGCCAAGUGGCUGCUGCAGUCCGGGCUGGUGAUCCUGCUGCCUCACGGCUACGAUGGAGCCGGGCCUGAACACUCCUCCUGCCGGAUGGAGCGCUUCCUCCAGAUGUGUGACAGUAAAGAAGAAGGUGUGGACGGCGACAAUGUGAACAUGGCCGUGGUGAACCCCACCACGUCUGCUCAGUACUUCCACCUGCUGAGGAGGCAGAUGAUCCGGAACUUCCGCAAACCUCUCAUCGUGGUCGGACCCAAGAUGCUGCUCAGAUUCUCUGGGGCAGCGUCCAGUCUGACUGAACUGGCUCCAGGAACCUCUUUCAGACCAGUGCUGGGUGAUGCUUCAGUCUCAGCCGAAAGUGUCCAGAAGGUGGUGCUGUGCUCAGGGAAGCAUUACUAUGCCCUGCUGAAACAGAGGGAGACAUCAGCAGCCAAUCAGAACACGGCACUGAUCCGUGUGGAGGAGCUGUGUCCGUUCCCACUGGACGCCCUGCAGCAGGAGUUCAAAAAAUACCCCAACGCCAAAGAGUUUGUUUGGAGUCAGGAGGAGCCACAGAACAUGGGGCCCUGGUCUUUCGUAGCACCCAGGUUUGAGAAGCAGCUGGCCUGCAAGCUCCGGUUAGUGAGCCGACCCGCUCUGCCCGCCCCUGCUGUCGGCAUCGGGACCCUCCAUCACCAGCAGCAGGAGGAGAUCCUCGCUGCUACCUUCUCCUAAAAGACUCUAACUGGGAACUAAAAUAAGCCAGUAAACAAGCAUACGCACAACCCUGCAUACUGGAACCUGCUGUGGUCCUCCGAAGCAUCGUCACACUGAAGGUGCUGAUACACGGGGCCUUUUAGACGGUGUGAAUGUGCGGUUAAAAAAACAUAUUGGUCACUAAUAUAAAGAACAAAUCAAAGAAAAUGUUUAAGAGAAUAGUGUUUGAUCAUUUUAACUGUUAUAGUCAAACACAGGUUUUAAUUAUUGUGUUUAUGGUUUGAAGGAAAGGCCUGAAUUCCUGUUGUUUCUGAUGUUUUGCCCCUUUUGUCUUAUUUACUUUGCCUGUAUUCUUUAUUUGUUCAGUGACAAGGCAUUACGAUGAGAAAAAAGGACAAUUUUAAGCUGUUUGGAUCUGAAUCAAGGCCUUAGAGACCAUGUUUACAAUGUGAUUGCAGUUUAGAAGCACCAGUAGUGUUUGUAGCACCAGUACCAGCUCCAUGUUUCAGGAAUCAAAACGGUUCAGUCGCCUCAAGCAUUCAGUCCAUAGAAACUGUUAAUUCUGUACUGUUUGGAAUGUCAAAUAUCAGUAUAAGUUGUUGGAAAUGUCCCUGAAAUAUUUAUAUAAGAACAGGAGUACUUGAACUGGAUUUCUGAAAAGAGAUAAAGAAGAAUUGUUACCAUUUGAUUUGAUUGUUGGGUGUUUAUCCAACCUUGAGUUCAAGUAUUUGGAGAUUAUGUGGUACAAAUUGGGGCUAAGUAAUACUUCAUCAUGAGCAUUAUUUACUCAAGCUAAGACUUGAACUACAAAUAAAAGCAUUAAAGGGCUUAUGUAAAUAAUUCAGAUGGAUUUCAAAUGAAAAUAUUUUCAAAUAAAUCUA